UUUUUCUUUUUUCUUUUUUUUCUUCUCUUAUUUCCUGUACCUAUUAUUUUGUCCUUUGUUGUAUGUAUGAUUGCGAUAUGAGGGCGUGAGGGCGACGUCAUCGGCGCGGGUUCGGUGUGUGUAUAUGUGUAGGUAUAUGUGUGUGCUGUGUGCUGUGUGCUGUGCGUGCAAGGAGCCAGGAGAAUCGGUGUCGAACGUCCAGUAGCACGACAGGAUCACGGGCCCAUGGGGGUUCCGUAUCGUCGAGUCUCGCAACAGCGCCAAGAGACCCACGGGAAUGGAUUGGCUGGCUCGUCUUUUUUUCUCAUUUCUUUUUCGAUUUAUUUUACUACUAGUAGAGGGAGGCAGUUUAAUUUUCUUUUCUUUUCUUUCAAUCUUUCGGUCGUGUUGAUUCAACCCUUCCUAGGACUUCGAAAUUCGUAGCCAAGGACAUCAUUACUACCUAUCAUCAUUAUCUAGGGCGUCGUCACUGGGUUAAAAACCCAUGGCGUACAAUUCAAUUUCAGGAUAUUGCAAGCCGAUAAGCGGCAGCAGCAGCAGCAGCACCGGCAAACUUCUGUCGUGCAGUUAGAUCGUCCACACCUAUGACCUAAUUCGGCUGAUUUUUGCGGAGUCCGAGGAGCAAAGUAUGGAAUAGUUAUAAUUAAUCGGUUAUUACUAGUUCAGAAAAAAACGUGGAGAAGAAGACAUGUAAUUAUCUCUGUGUUCACAGUACCCAACCUAUGUAUUGUUCGAAUCUACUCGUCCUUUUUACAUUUACUCCGGUGACAU